CCACUUUUUGAAGGCAAAGAGGUACAUCUGCCUCCAACUUCUUCUAGUAGUGGCACACCCAUCUCUCUCUUUCUCUUACAUAUCCAUACAUCAGUACAGCACUACAGCACAAAACACAUACAUACAAGUGUAUGCUAAUGCAUGCAAUUUUAUAGUAUUCAGCAGCACUAUUCAUCACUUUCUGAGCAGGAAAAAGUUAAAAGAAGGAAAGAAAAAACCAUUAUUGUGAAAACUUCUGAAUGUUCAGAAACUUGAAACACACUAAUGGGUUCUCCUCUGAAAAAGGUGUUUGAUACAGUUACUGGUUUUGCUACCCCUUGGAGAAGGAGCACAACUCCUCGUGGGAGAAGAGUUUUCCAUAGAGAUGUUGAAAGAGAAGAGUUUCAGUAUGCUAACACUUACUGUCUCUCUUCAUAUUAUAGCGUCUUUGUUGCUCGCCUAGCCAUAAUGGUUAUGUUAGCCAUUUUGAUAGGGCUUCUGACCAUUUUGACAUGGCAUUUCACAAGGAUCUACACUGCAAAAUCCCUCAGCACUUUGGCUUAUGGCCUUCGCCAUGAACUUCUCCAACGCCCCAUUUUGAGGAUGUGGAACAUUUUGAAUUCGACGGCUGAAAUCACAACUGCUCAGGUUAAACUCUCAGAGUAUGUGAUCAAACGUUACAGCAAGCCUACCACUCAAGCUGAACAAGUUGAGCAGCUCUACGAAUCUAUGAGAGAUGUGACAUGGGCCUUGUUUGCAAGUCGUAAAGCUCUAAAUGCAAUCACUAUCAAUUACAGGAAUGGUUUUGUUCAGGCUUUUCAUAGAGAUCAUAGAAGUAACAAUACAUUCUACAUUUACUCUGAUCUUUCAAACUAUUCAAUCAAUGCUGGAAACACUUACAAAGCUGCUGACAUGCUUUCAUCACAUAAAGAAUGGAAUGAUCAGACUAUACAUGGUAACUUUUCUGCUAUAUGGUACCGCGAGCCACUUGAUCCGAUCACAGGUGAUAAGAUGGGAAAAGCUAGGCCAAUCCCACCAGAGGAUUUGAUCAAUAUUGCUGGUCUUUCACAAGUACCUGAUGGUGUAGCCACAUGGCAUGUUGCAGUGAGCAAGUACUCGGGUUCGCCUAUGCUUUCAGCAGCAUUGCCGGUUAUGGAUGCUUCCAAUAGGAGCAUAGUGGCUGUUGUUGGUGUUACUACAGCAUUGUAUAGUGUGGGCCAGCUCAUGAAAGAGCUUGUUGAAUUUCACAGUGGACAUAUUUAUCUAACAUCUCAAGAAGGUUACUUGCUUGCCACUUCAACUAAUACUCCUCUCUUAAGGAAUACAACAAAGGGACCUAAACUUAUGAUGGCUGUGGAUUCUGAGGAUGAAGUUAUAAGAAUGGGAGCUGGGUGGUUACAAAGACAGUAUGGCAAAGAUUUUCCUCCUGGUCAUGAAGUUCAUAUUGAGAAUGCUGAGCUUGGUAAUCAGCAAUAUUACAUUGACUCCUUUUUUCUAAAACUAAAGAGACUUCCUCUGGUGGGUGUUAUAAUUAUUCCAAGAAAGUACAUAAUGGGGAAGGUGGAUGAGAGAGCUUUGAAAACAUUGGUCAUACUGAUAUCUGCAUCAUUGUGUAUUUUAGUGAUUGGAUGCAUUUGUAUUUUUAUACUCACAAAUGGAGUAUCAAAAGAAAUGAAACUUAGAGCUGAACUCAUUAGCCAUCUUGAUGCAAGAAGAAGGGCAGAGGCUUCUAGCAACUACAAAAGCCAAUUCCUAGCAAAUAUGAGUCAUGAAUUGAGGACACCAAUGGCUGCAGUUAUUGGAUUGCUGGACAUUCUAAUAUGUGAUGACUGCCUCACAAACGAACAAUAUGCUACGGUGACACAGAUCAGAAAAUGCUCAACAGCUUUGCUUAGGCUCCUUAACAACAUAUUGGAUCUCAGCAAGGUUGAAUCUGGGAAACUGGUGUUGGAAGAAGCUGAGUUUGACUUGGGACGAGAGCUCGAAGGGCUUGUUGAUAUGUUCUCAGUUCAAUGCAUAAACCACAAUGUGGAGACUGUGUUAGACCUCUCUGAUGACAUGCCAAGAUUAGUUCAAGGGGACUCUGCAAGAGUUGUUCAAAUAUUUGCAAAUCUAAUCAGCAAUUCUAUCAAGUUCACUACAUCGGGACAUGUCAUACUUAGAGGGUGGUGUCAGAACUUCAAUACAUUUAGUCCUCAAGAACAUAAGAAACAGAGAUGUGCACAUAAGAUGAAGCUGAGGCAUCAAGGUAAUCAUGCAAGGGAGACACAUAAGAAAGACAACAAAAAGAUUCUUUGGUUUGAGGUCGAUGAUACUGGCUGCGGGAUUGAUACAAGUAAAUGGGAGUCUGUUUUUGAAAGCUUUGAGCAAGCAGAUCCCUCAACAACUAGAACGCAUGGUGGUACUGGUCUUGGACUCUGCAUUGUAAGGACUUUGGUCAAUAAGAUGGGUGGAGAAAUUAAGGUUGUAAAGAAAAAUAGUCCUGGAACUCUAAUGCAGCUCUACUUAGUUCUCAACACACCUGCAGAUAGCACAGAACAACAUUGUCAAAUCGAUUUCGCGAAGCAUGGCUUGGUGGUGUUGCUUGCACUAAAUGGCAGCAUGGGAAGACUGAUCAUGUCUCAGUGGUUGCGAAAAAAUGGAGUGUUCAACAUAGAAGUAUCUGAUUGGAAUGAACUGACACAAAUUCUCAGGGAACUUUUCCAAGGCAGUAACUCAAUUCGCAGCAAAGGGUUCGAAACACAGUUGUCACUGAAUGAUAAAUUGAGAGCUGACCUGCUUAAUGUAUACGAAAUGAGGAAUCCAUAUUUCCUGAUGGUUGUGGACAUAGCUGUACUUGACUUGAGCACUGAUAUAUGGAAGGAACAGCUUAACUUUCUUGAUAAGUACUCUGGGAAGGCAAAGUUUGCAUGGAUGUUAAAUCAUGACACACCGAACCCCAUAAAGAUGGAGCUUCGCAGAAAAGGUCAUGUGUUGAUGGUUAACAAACCUCUAUACAAGGCAAAAAUGGUUCAGAUUCUUGAGGCUGUGAUAAAGGAGAAAAAUCUUGAGCAGCAGAAGAGGAGUAGUUCAAGUGCUUUGAAAACUAACACGAAAGAAGGCGAUUUGCACGAAUGCCUUGAGAUUGAUUCAACUCACUUUGAGACUGCUAGUAGUGAUGAAUCUGAGGAUAUCUCUGACUUGGGUAACUCUACACUCCAAAUGGAAGAAAAUCAAAGGGAAAGAAUGACUAAACUCCAAUCCUCUAAAUACCAAGGUGUUAAAAACUGCUUAGUUGAACUGACUCAUGUAUACCAAGAUGAAAACAACAUGAGAAAGAAGGAUCAUCAUAAUCAAGAACAGAUGGCAUCCAGGUUACAUGAAGUUGGAAACAUCAACACAAAACCCGAGUCAAGAAACUCGAUAUCUGCAUCUCAACAGUUCCUCACCGCUCCUCCUAAAGAACAAGGACAUUGUUUUGCAGCUAAAGCUAUGAAUGAAAAUAAAUCUCUUGAAGGACUACGCAUACUCAUUGCUGAAGACACACCAGUCCUCCAGAGAGUGGCAACCAUAAUGCUCGAGAAAAUGGGGGCCAUGGUGACCGCGGUAGGUGAUGGGCUGCAAGCAGUAGAGGCCUUAUAUUGCUCACUUAAUGCAGAACAAAAUGCCUGCACAAGUUCAGAAGACGAAAAAUCGAAUCUCCCUCCAUUCGACUUGAUUCUGAUGGACUGUCAGAUGCCAAAGAUGGAUGGUUAUGAAGCAACAAAAGCAAUAAGGAAAUCAGAAGAAGGAACUAGUUUACAUAUUCCUAUUGUGGCUUUAACAGCUCAUGCAAUGUCAUCUGAUGAGACCAAGUGCUUGGAGGUGGGCAUGGAUGCUUAUUUAACUAAGCCUAUUGACUACAAGCUAAUGGUGUCCACCAUUCUUUCACUCACUAAAACAAAAAAUCAGUCUAACUAUUCAAAUAAAGUUUGACCCACCAAGCACCAGGAGCUACCAAGAGCAAGACAAAGUUGACUAAGUUGCUUUCUCAUCUCAUGUAAAAAAAAUUAUAUAUAUAUAUAUAUAUAUACAUAGAUGAUGUUACUCCCUAUAAUUACUAAAAUGUACAUGAUAUAUAACACAAUUUUCCUGAUAUUUUUCCACACAAAGAGGCUGGCAUUGUAUGCUCCCAAAGAAUAAAAAAUCAUCUUAGAUUCCAUAUAUAUAUAUAUAUAUAUAUAUAUAUAUAUAAAAUAUAGUUUAUUUGAUGAAAAUAUCACAAUUUUGGCUUAAUA